AUGUCCCUGAGGCGAUACUUCUUGACAGCCUCUUCAUACUUUCCAACAUCCACCAGUACCAGUCCGCCGGGCUGCUUGUUGCCUCUGUCAAAGGUGCGUCCCAGAUCGAGGUUGCCUCGGCGAAUGCACGCCUUGCUUGCCAGCACGUUCUUCUUGCCGUCAACCUUUGGCGGCUCUAGGACCUCGACCUCCCACUGCAAGGAAGGAAGCAACGCCUUCCACUCGGGGUCGGCGCCGGGGCGUUGCUUAACGAUGGCGUUGUUGCUGCCGUCCGUCGACAAAUACCACAGUACUGCUCGUUUGCGGUCCUUCUCCUGGAUGAUGCGCUUGGUGUAG